CGGGCGGGGCGGCGGCGGAGCGCGGGCUGGGUACGGCCGGGCCGGGCCGGGAGCGCCGUGUCCUGAGGGGAUCCCGCCGUGUCCCACCGCGAUCCCCCUGUUCUGAGGGGAUCCCGCCUUGUCCCGCUGGGAUCCCGCCGGGAUCCCGCCCAUCCCCGCGCCCCUGACGCCGCGUUUGCCUUGAAGGAGGCCCAGGAUGGCGGAGAGACCGGAGGACCUGAACCUGCCCAACGCCGUCAUCACCCGCAUCAUCAAGGAGGCGCUUCCUGAUGGAGUCAAUAUUUCCAAAGAAGCCCGGAGCGCGAUCUCCCGAGCAGCGAGUGUGUUUGUGCUGUAUGCAACAUCAUGUGCAAAUAACUUUGCCAUGAAGGGGAAGAGAAAAACCCUGAAUGCUGGGGAUGUGCUCUCUGCCAUGGAGGAGAUGGAGUUUCAGAGAUUCGUGGCCCCUCUGAAGGAAUCCCUGGAAGUUUACAGGCGGGAGCAGAAAGGAAAGAAAGAGGCCAGGAAAGAUAAAGACAAGAAGGCAGACUCGGAAGAGCAAGAUAAGAGCCGAGAGGAGGACAAUGAUGAUGAUGAUGAGAGGAUGGAGGAGGAAGAACAAAACGAUGAGGAAGAGCUGGACAACUGAGCUGGCUCGUGGGCAGGGGCUGGGGUGUGCUCAGAGGGUUGUAAACACUGUAAAUGGACCUUGCUGCAUCCCCUGGAGUAUCCAUUAGAGCUUUGUACUGCCCCUCUGUGGCCUGUCCCUUUUGGCCUGUAAUUUGUACAUCAAGGACUGUGCUGAAGCUUUUCCAUGGCAGGGUGGCUCCUACCUGCGCCUGGGGGGCUUUGGCCCUCCCCAGGCUCUGGGCAGGCACUUCCUGGGCUUUUGAUGCUGGGUUGGCUCUGAAAGAGAGGAAAAAAGAACUGGUGGGUGCUCAGUGCAGAAACUGGCCAGGAGAACAUGAGACUCUUGAAUAUGAGGGGCUGAAUCUAGCAGAUCAUUCAGAGAUCACUUCUGGGGUGUAGAAUGUAGGUGAUGAUGUCCAGAGGCUUGGGAGCUGCACACUGGAGCUUUUGAUCCAGUUGAGUUAUUCUUUUCCCUUUGUUUCCUUGCAUCCCGGCUGUGCCUUCUCUCCCUGCUGUACUGUGACAGUGACACUGUGUCCAGCCUCAGCAGCAGCACAAGGUGGCUGUACAGGGACCACAAGUUCACUCACUGACUCAUCCAAACUAACCUAAAUCCAAGAAACACACAGUGCUGAUGGGUAAACUGUACACUGACAGUGUCUUUGAGAGCCCUGAGAGACAAAGAGGAGACUGAUUCAAAAUCUGAAGCACAAGGAGGGGCUCACAUGAGGAGCAGGGCUGAAAACAGGUGCCUUUGUGCAGUGCUGGGGGUGUGACAGGUCAGUGUCACACUGGGGGGCUGGUGGUCUCACCUGACCCCUGCAGCAGCAGCUCCUGCAGCAAACUGAGAUGUGCUAGAACAGAGUGGUGAAUUGUGGUUCUUUUCCCCUUUUCCCAGUUGGGAUAGGCUAAUUCCAUCCAAGCUCCCUCUGUAGCCUUUGCUGGUCAUUCCAGGGAUGCCUCUGGGAGGGCAGCAGGGCCAGGGUGUGCCCACCCAAGGGGCCCAUGUCGUUUCACAGAAGGCCCCUGCAGGAAGGAAGAGUUGAGAGAAGCUGUUGGUAUCCCUUGUGCUAGUGUAGGUUUGUGCUUUUCCACUUAACUCUUAGUUCUGAUGCCUUUCUCCCUCAGGAAGUUUUAGAUACAUUUAAAACCCCCAGGUUUUGAUGAUGUUCAGUUUUAAAAUAGCACUUGUGAGGAAUUCUGGAUCCUUUCCACCAAAAAAUGGUGGCAGCUACCCACAAAAACCACCCUGCCUUCCUGCUUUUCUGGCUGGCUGGAUUUUCAUACGCACACAAGCCCAGCUUCUGAAAAUAACUGAACCAACACAGAUCUUCUGCUGUCUAGUUUCUGCUGGCAUUCUGUUGGGCUGUGGAAAGCCUGAGCUGAUGAUGUGUUCCUCACAUUUCUGAUAAACACCCACCUUCCAGCUCUUUUCCUCUUUUUUUUUUUUUCCUCUUCAGCACAUAUCUGGGGUGCAUAUUCUGGAAGGGAAUGAGAUCUAAAUAAAAGCCAGAUUUUUUU